AUGACACCGAACAAAUCAACUUUUAUCAACGAACUCAACGAUGUUGCCAUCCAAAAGAAGAAUGAAGUCUUUGCCACAUGGCAUGAGCUCAAUGGCACCAUUGGUCAUGAAUACACUUUUGGAAAGCUAUGGGUCGAAGCUGGAGACAUUGCACACUGCCUCCACAAAGAUUGGGGAGUCCAGAAAGGAGACAAGGUAGUCUUGUGCUAUAACUUUGGCUUGCACUUCUUUGCUGCUUUUCUUGGUUGCUUGAGAGCUGGGGUUGUGGCCAUUUUGGUUUAUCCACCAUUCCCGCCUCUUACCAAGACACUCACCAAGAUGGAGAAAGUCAUCAAUGAUUGCCAGCCUGUGUUGAUCUUGACUGACAUGGCCAUCAUGGCAAUGAAGACAGUGGAUGAACUAAAGCCAUUCUCAAAGAGCAAGGGGAUGUGGCCUAAGGAUAUCCCUUUUAAGGUCACUGAUGCAUUUUCUUUGACUUCAAAGACAAGAUCCUUUGAUCAGGAAGACAUUCUUGAAUCUGACAUUGCCUUUUACCAAUACACCUCGGGAAGCACUGGUGAUCCAAAAGGAGUCAUGGUGACUUUCAAAGCUUUACAUUCAAAUGUGAAGCUCUUCCGGGAUUGCAUCUUUUAUGGCUUUGCCAGAGAGGGACAAAGUGCCAAUGACACUGUUUGCUUCUCCUGGUUGCCACAGUACCAUGAUUUUGGGCUAAACUUUGGAGCCAUACUGCCAUUUCUGGCUGGAUGGAGAGUGCACUUGAUGUCACCCAUAUCAUUUAUCAAGAAACCACUUCUAUGGCUGGAUCUCAUGUCAAAGAACCGGGUUUCUUUGAGUGUAGCACCAGACUUUGCUUAUCAUCUGGUGACCAGGAAGUUCACAGAAGCAAUGGCUAUGAAUGGUGGGAAGGUACCCAUCUCCAAUUUUGAUCUGUCUUCAAUCUUCAGCUUACUAAAUGCUGCAGAACCAAUUCGCCUUGACACUCAAGACAAAUUCACAGUGACAUUCUCUGAGUUUGGCCUGUGCAAAGAUUGGUUUAGUGCUGCCUAUGGUUUGGCUGAAAAUGUAGUUGGAGGGACAUGGCUGCCUGGAUACCAUCUGUCGAAACCUCGUGGUGAUGAUAACAACUUAUUCUUGGCUGUAGGGUCUACUGAGACAUUUCAUGACACCCUGACUGUGAAAAUUGUUGAUCCUGUAAGCCAAUGUGAACUUCCUGAUGACCAAACUGGUGAGAUUUGGAUUGCCGGCCCUUCUGUUGCUGCUGGAUACCAUGGAAAGCCAGAACUCUCCAGUGAGGUAUUCCAAGCCAGGCUGCUGCCUCACGAAGAUUCUUCAAGAGAUCAGGAUGAUACCAAUCUUGGCAUCACAUUCCUUCGAACAGGGGACCUGGGCUUCAUGCAAGAUGGGUACUUGUAUGUUUGUGGCAGGAUCAAAGACUUGCUCAUCAUCAACGGGGUCAACUACUAUCCCCAAGAUAUUGAGCUGGCUGUUCAAUCCUGCAAUGGUGCCAGGCCAGGAUGUGUGGCAGCCUUCUCUUCGGACGAUACUGGUGAAGGUGAUGGCCAGCUUGAAGUUGUUUUUGAGAUUAGGAAUGCAAACAAGAAGACUGCACAGGCUGUCUGUGAGGCAAUCAAAUCUGUGAUCAUUCAGGACAUUGGUAUUGUUCCUUCCAAGAUUGUGGCAGUGGAGGAAAGAAGCAUAGCCAAAACAACCAGUGGCAAGAUCCAGAGAAGGAGAAACAGAGACUUGCUCCAUGCAAAUCAACACAAAGCUGUCUUUGUCCUUGAUGAGUCAUCCAUGUUGGAGUUAGCAGCAACCAGUGGUGGUCCCCAAGAACUAGCUCAGGACCUGCCUCCUGCAGAGAAGUUUGAUGCCAUCAUGAAUUCACUGUUUGGAUCUGACUAUGAUCCAGAUUCUGGAUGGGAUGAUAACGGCCUCACUUCCCUUAUCUUGAUUGAGCUCAACAACAAGCUAGCCCAAUCCUUUCCAGCAUCCAUCCCCAGUGACUUUCCUGACCAAUAUCCAACCCCAGGAGCCCUGAAAGAGUACAUCCUCAGCCCAAACCAUGGAUCGUUCUUCCCCAUUGAAGCCCCAAGCUUUGACAACUCCAACUCAUGGGCCAUAAGGCUUCCCUGGCCUGCAGUCACUCUUUUGCAGGGGAUUGGCAUUAUUGUUCUAUUCUUAAUGCUGUCUGCAAGCACAGUUCCUUCCUUUUGGGGCUAUGAGCUUAUCACCUAUGAUGGAGCACCAACCAUUCUCGGUGCGCUGCUGCCACUAGUCUUUAUGCUUUGGCAUAUCACCUUCACAGCCAUGGUUUGUCUUGCAAAGUGGAUUAUCAUUGGCAAGUACUCUGCCAGAGAGGUUCCAGUGGCAUCCUUAUACUAUGUCAGAUGGUGGUUUGUUGACAGGGCUGUACACGUGUGGGAGAUUUUCACUGGGAGGUAUGUCAAGGACACUCCAUGGCAAUUGCUGUUCUACAAAAUGAUGGGCUGCAAGAUCCACCCCUCGGCCAAGUUGGAUUGCUUCGUCCGAGAAUUCGAUCUUUUGGAGAUUGGUGAAAACGCCGAGAUCAGUUUUGGGAUCAAGUGUAGAAAGUUUGGGCCCUGGCAGGAGUCUGGGCAGUAUGCUGGGUCUCCUACAUUGAGGUUUAGGCCCACCAGAAUUGGGGAUGGCUGUGUGGUUGAUGGGCAAGUGGGUCCUGGUGUUGUGUUGGGUAGUAACAGCAAAGUGGAGAAGCUAGCUGGGAUUCCUGAGGGUGCUCAGGUCCCCAACUCUGCUGUUGCAACAGGGAGUCCUGCUCACCAGAGUGGAAUGGUACAAUCACAAGAGCAUGGCAAGACGGGUAUGACAGUUUUGAAAAUUACCAAAUGCUUGUGGCCCUUUUUUGAUAUAUACUUGACCUUUGAUUUUGCUGGUUUUGCUGCGUGGGCCAUCACAACCUGGCUCUCUGGCAUAGAGUGGCGCUAUUCUAUUGAGUUGAUUACAUUCCUGAUUAUAGCCCUCACAGGUAUUUGCAACUUGCUGGCUUGCAUCCCAUUGAAAUGGCUUUUGGUUGGAUAUCGCAGAUCAGGUCCAGCAACCUCGAUCUACCAAGAAUCCCUUGAUUGGAUAGCUGACUACCACUUUUACACAAGCAUCAUUCUCCUUGACCUGUUGGCAGAAAACUCUGUAAUGGUGAAUGUGUUACUCUGGUUGAUGGGUUUGGACAUCGACAUGGAAUCGAAGGUGUGGGCUACACACUUUCCUCCCUCCAAGGUUGAUAUGAUCUCUAUUAAGAAGUCCACACUUUCUGUCACACAUUUUGAUGUCAAGCAAGACGAUGAGUACAAAAAGAUCAGUGUUCAAAACACCAGUAUUGGGCACAGUGUCAUUAUUGAUGGUGGUGUCACAAUCGACUCAGCUCAAGUGAAGCCACUCACACAUGUGAGAACCAGCAUCCAAGGAGGUUUGACCACAAAGGGUGCAAGGCUGCGACUGUCACAAAGAUUGGUGGUAGACCUUGCGGUACCUCUGAUUAUGGCAGGGCUCUUUCUCUCCCUAAUCCCAACCUAUGAGAUCAUGAAAAUGAAUUUUUUUGUUCCUGUUUUGGGUUUUCAAGUUGUACAAGUUGGAGUGGCACUUGCUGCAUACUGUCUUGGAUGGUACUUUCUCCUUGUGCUAUUUCAUUGGUUGACAUAUCCAAGCCAAUACUUCUGUGGAACCAAAGGACAGACCAAGCCCUGGUCCUUGGCUAUGUUUGCCAUUUACAUGGACUUGCACUGCUACCUCUGGGACUUAUCCCUUCUUCCAAUCUUCUUUGGCACACCCUUUUUCAACUGGUUUCUUCGGGGAAUGGGGUGCAGUGUUGAGGGUCAGGCUCUCUUCUUUGGCAUUCGUAUUUAUGAUUUGCCAUUGAUAACUAUCAAGGACAGAACAAUCAUUGAUUCAAGCAUUGUUUCUGGCCACUCUUGGGUCUAUGAAGGUGUUUACAUUGGACCAACAACUGUUGCCGGAGUGCUGCAUGAGGGAACCUUCUGUUUGGCCAACACACAUCUGGUGGACUCAGGCAAAGAGAGUCAUCCAAUGCAGUUUGUGCCUCCGGCUCCAUCUCAAAUCUCAAAGGAAAUCGCAGAGUCUUCCACCACUACAAUUUCUACAUUGCUUGAAUCAUGA